GAGAAGUCGUUGUAUCAGUUGCUAGAGCGGGCAUUACUAUUAUUAUCGUACAUAGUCUUCUAAAACCCAUAAAAAGUGAAGAUUCUGUCAUCAUUUACUCGCCAUCAUGUUGUUCCAAACCUGUGGAACAUAAAAAGAGUAUAUGUUGAAGAAUGCUGGUAACCAGAUGACCGUUGACUUUCAAACUCAGAGACAUUUCUCAAAAUAUCUUCUUUUAUGUUCCAGAAAGUCAUACCGGUUUGGAAUGACAUGAUGACAAAAUUUUCAUUUUUGGGUGAACUGUCCCUUUAACACUAACAACUGAAUUUGGUGCGUAACUCAUCCUGUUUUGUUUGUGCUAUGGCCAUGAAUGAUGCAUCAAACUCUGUAGCAUAUUGAGUGCAUUCGCUCUCUAUAUAAAAUGUCUUGUUUUUUUUUUCUUUAGUAGAUAUCGAAACUUGUUAUUCAUGACAUCAGGCUUUUUUGCUCUCUGACGGGUGAUUGUAAUUCGAUGCCUACUUUCAGUUAACGUUCUCUCCGCUCAUACUUCUCUCCCCCAUACAAAGACACUCAGUCUCAUACCCUCCUCUCUGCUUCUCACUUUCUCAUUGGCUGGUUUUUCGUCCAGCUAUGUGAGCUUCCUGUUUCUUCACCAUGCUUCUUCUGGCUCUUCUCAGCGGCUCUUUGUCUGUUGAAGCCACACCAGGGGCGAACCCAUACAGGUUUGACCAGACCCCAACGGCGCACACUGAUGGUAUGGCACAGAUGCAUUCCAUGCGAAGCCACAAAGUGGCAUCUCAGCGACGUGGACAGUCAUCUUUAGCACCCCAGAGUCUUCAUCCUCAGCAGACUGGAACAGAACAUCUGGAGCAAUUCCUGGAAAAGCCAGAGCUGGUGGUGGUGGAGCAGCCGAAGGAGCGCGGCAUGCGAUUUCGCUAUGAGUGCGAGGGACGAUCCGCGGGCAGCAUCCUCGGAGCCUCCAGCACUGACUCCAGCAAGACCCUGCCUGCCAUUGAAAUACAAGGCCCCAUUGAUAAUAUCAAGAAAGUGAUGGUCACCGUGUCUCUUGUGACAAAGGACAUCCCGUACCGCCCACAUCCACACUGCUUGGUCGGGAAAGACUGUGCAGAUGGCAUCUGCGUCAUCCACAUCAAUCCCCACAGCACUCGUCGACACAGCUUUGCAAAUCUUGGCAUCCAGUGUGUGCGGAGGAAGGAACUUGAUGCCUCACUGCAGAAGAGGAGGAAUAAGAAUAUUGAUCCGUUUAACACGGGCCACUCUAAGAGUAUUGAGGACAUGGACAUGAACGUGGUGAGACUGUGUUUCCAGUGUGAGCUGGAACGAAAGGAUGGAGACCGAAUCCCCCUGGCCCCUGUGAUUUCCAACCCCAUCUAUGACAAGAAGGCGACCACAACGGCAGAGCUGAAAAUCAAUCGGCUUAAUGUUGUCAGAGGCCCAUGCACAGGAAAGACUGAAAUUUACAUGCUCUGUGACAAAGUGCAGAAAGACGACAUAGAGAUAAUCUUCAGCAAGGACGACUGGGAGGCCAAGGCGGAGUUUGCUCAGACUGAUGUCCACCGGCAAAUCGCCAUUGUCUUCAAGACCCCACCCUUCAGGGAGCAGAAUGUAACCGAGGAGGUGGAGGUCAGUGUGUGUCUUCGCCGCAUGUCUGACCGGAUGGACAGCGAGCCAGUCAAGUUCACUUACGUCCCAGACAAUGCAGAUCCUUACGGAGUCAACCGCAAGAGGAAAAUAAAGUCUGAUGUGAAGUUCACCGAGCCAUGCAGCGUUCCUCAAAAUCAAGACAUUGAGAAUGAACUCAGCAUGCCACAGCAUUUUGACAACUCAUUCUACGCCCCUCCCGACUGCAACGUUCCCAAUGCUUCCAUGGCAGUCCCUGUUAUGGACGGCGGCGUCCACAUGCCAUCCCAGGUCGUGGAGGAAAUUCACUAUAAUGAAGACUUUAAACAAGAGGACAGUUGUGUUAGCCUGGACCCAGAAACUUUGGACACUGUCCUCCAAGGCAUUUCCCAAUGCCUUGCCAGCUUCAGACCAGACCAGUCCCAGCAAGGUUCAGACCAGUUUCUUAAUCAGUUAUUCUUUCAAGGCGAUCUCAACUUUGGUUUAGAUGGCACAGAUACGAAAUUGAACGUCGGUCAGCCUAUGAUGAACAUGUCGUCUAUAAACGAUGCGCACUUCAGUCAGAUGGUGAGUGAGAAUCAGACCUAUCCAGCAGAUCUGGAGAACAUCGAAGGUCUCAUAUUUUCCCCCGUGAAGAGCGAGAACAACCUGGACCACUGAAUGCCACUGUGGACUCUUAUGUCUUUCCUAUUGGGACUUUGGACAUACAGUCACUGUUGACUCUAAAAUCAUUUUUGGACUAGGAAAAGACAGACUAAGUCAGACUUGUUAUUGACUAUCUGACCACCUAAUGAAGUAAAUCACCUGCUCAGCCACUGGUUUUGUAAAUAGACUAGACACCAUGUGCCAACAAAUGUCAGGAGAAGCAUGUAGCUAUUGCAUUUUUUUUUUUUUAGUAAAAAGGGAGCAACAAAUGCUGCUCAGUUGCUUGUGAUGUGCCAGUUAUGUCUGUCAUUCACUAAUUUAUUGUGUGGAUUUCUGAGCAGAACCUAUUAGUAUCGUGUAGAUGGUCCCAGACCCAAAUUCACUUUGUAUUUAAGUGUUACAUGUAAUGUGAUAUUUGUUUUUAACAUUUCGGAACAGUCCAUCCACAGAGGAAUUUCAGUUAACAGCAUUAAGGGGACAAAAGUACAUAUUUAAACAUAAUUCUGAAGUAGCAGCUGGAUUAAUUCAUGUAAUUCAUACCAAUCUCACACCAUGAUCAAGCCAGGUGUGACACGACAACAUGGUAAAAGUCAUUUCUGUCAUCUCCGCAACAGCAAAAUCUUUCACUGAAUCAUCUGCCCAUUGGUGGCUGUUUUUAACUCCUGAUCAAAAAUUGUGAUAUUCGAUUAACUAGUUAGCACUAUGCUUUGCUAUUAGAGGCUGUUCACACAGAACAUGUUUUUCCACUUCACUGCAUCGCUUUUCCAUUGUUUUUCUAUGUAAACAUGCAGAAGACGGAUGUUUGACCAUUGCACUUAUGCAUAUUGUGCAUGACAAAAUGUUCUAAAAGCAUAGGGCUCAAGUUAAAAAGUUCAGCUUCUGAACCUCUCUAGACCUUGCGUUUCUUUUUUUUUUCUCCCAUUCCACUGCCUCUGUGUCAUGUUUUUAAACACAAAGAAAUCUUAUGUGUGAAUGGCUUCUUAGCUUGCUAACCAAAGUCUAACUGAAAGCACAAAGAAAGGGAAAUGUUUCAUUUGACCUUUUUUUGGCUUUGGUAAUAUGUUUUAUGUAAUUUAUAUACAUUACCACAUUUUAAUGUGUCAGGGGUAUUUGGAUUUGGAGCCCUCUCCACAAAUAAAUUUAAUUGGUCUAAGAUUCUAAAAAGUUGUGUAUUAUACGUCAAAUAUGUUCUGAUUGGCUGCUUUGCACAGGAUUUAAUUUUUCAAUGAAAAUAGUCAGAUUACUUAUCCCUGGAAACAUGACAUGAUAUGCCUGGUUAUGUCAUGAUGUGAGUUUGCAUAGGAAACUGAAAUGAAUGUAGUCAAUGAGUCUGUAGCAAAAAGAUUUUAGUGGUUAAUCUCUUUCACAUCAAUGUUGAAGGAAGCUGUAUUCACAAGCAUAACCAUUGGAAAGCAUUUUGUUCAUUUAUACACAUUUAAUGUCUGUAGUACUGCUGUGAUUUUUUUAUUGUCCUGUGUAAAAGUCAUUUAGUUAAUGUCACAUUCUGCUUCUUAUAGUAUGUUGUUGCUGUCGAUAUUAAAAUUGUGUGUUAUGGAAAAUGA